CUUAACAUCCAGAGAGGAAAGGAGAGGGAGGCAAUAGGCACACGGAGAGAAAAUAUCACCCAGCUUUCAAUAACAACAGAGGACAGAUGGAAUAAAAACAAAACAAUGGAAAGUAAUACAAAUAAACACAACAUGCUUAUCUGAAGUUAGUUUCAGAAAAAUUUACACUGAAAACAUAGAAUUUCAUGACAAAAAUGAAAGUUUAGGACUAGAUAAAUGACUGGAAAACUGGAGAUUGAGAACAACUUAACUUUUGUGACUGAUAAUUAGGAGCAUUUAAUAAAACUGGACCACAAGUGUGUUGCAGAUGGGUCACAGGUGAAAAGGCAGACAUUUGAGAAUUAAAAGAAUGACAAGUCAAGACAAAAAAGGAUUUGGACGUUUUUUCCUGCCAUUUUCAACAAGCAGAGAUAAAGGGAACUGAUGUUGAUGCCAGGUCCAGGAAGUACCGGUAGCUUGGUGACACCAUCAUGGGCAAUGUGACACUCAACGGAACUUGGGAGGACGAUCACGUUGAGUACAACUAUCUGGCUCUUCUUUUUGGAAUUCCUCUCAUCCUUAUCAUUAUUCUGGGGAACACCCUGGUCUGCCUGAGUGUGCUGACAGAACGAUCUCUGAAAACUGCCACUAACUACUUCAUUGUCAGCCUGGCUGUCGCAGACCUCCUCCUUGCCAUAUUGGUCCUUCCAUUGUAUGUCUACUCAGAGUUUCUGGGUGGUAUAUGGACCCUAAACACCUCUAUCUGUGAUGCACUGAUGACAAUGGAUGUAAUGCUCUGCACAGCCUCCAUUUUGAACCUCGGUGCAAUCAGCGUUGAUAGGUACAUUGCAGUGGUAGUUCCUCUGAAGUACAACAGGAAUCAAUUCAGCAUGCGCCAGCUGGUCCUAAUCACGGCAACCUGGGUCCUAUCUUUUGGGGUAGCCAGCCCAGUUAUCUUCGGCUUGAACCGUGCCCCCCAAAGGAAUCCUCACGUUUGCAAGCUGGAGGAUGACAACUUUGUGGUCUACUCCUCUGUGUGUUCCUUCUUUGUGCCUUGUCCAAUCAUGCUGCUGCUCUAUUAUUGGAUGUUCCGUGGACUGAAGAGGUGGAGUGCCAGUCGCAAGUCAAACCUGAUGCGUGGGGAGGGGAGGUUCUCCCUUAGUCUGAAGGGCCUGAGCAGGGAGAGGAGGGAGAAGGUGAAGUACCUGAUGCCCAACCUUAGCCCCACCACGGCCAAUCGGACAACCUUGCCUGAGAAGGACUUGAUCACAACCCAACUGGAUAGCACAUCUGAGGCAGAGGCUCAGGAACGGCUGAAAGAAGGUAGCCCUAAAGAGAAUGGACUCAAACAAAACCACUGUUCCAGCAAGGGGUCUCAAAGUAAGAGCCGCAGAGUGAGUGGCAGGGAAUGUAAGGCCAUGAAGGUCCUGCCCAUCGUUGUAGGUGUGUUUCUGGCAUGCUGGACACCUUUCUUUGUGGUCCAUGUGACCAAGGUUCUUUGUCAAUCCUGUGAUAUUGGACCCACGUUGAUAAGUGUGGUAACGUGGCUGGGUUAUGUGAACAGUGCAAUGAAUCCCAUUAUCUAUACAGCCUUCAACACUGAAUUCAGGAAUGUCUUUCAGAAACUGUUAUGCUGUCAGACAUGAAGCUGUCAUGAGAAAGAACUUUUAUUUUUCGUACUUGUCUAAAAUAGUUUGAGAUUCAUUUUAUUUUUUACAACUGUCCUGGUGUAUAAAUUAUAUUGUACCUUUAAAUGCCUUAGUUGAUGUAACUGUAAAUGUGAUGUUCACUGUCAUGCCAAUGUCAUCUCCUUUAUGAUGACUAUUAUCAUGCUGAGCUCUAAGCCCAGAGGCAUAAAAUGUGAAAAUGUGCACACUCAGUACUUGAGGCAAGCUAUAAUUCUGUUUUAUAUAGAAUCCUAAGUGUGUUUGAUUUCUUUGAUUUUAUUUAUACAGUACAUUUCAACAGGGCUAACUAAGACGCAAUGGAGUGAAAUGAUUUGAACCCAGGGGCAUCUAAUACAACAAUAACUUAAUAGAUGGAUAGAAGUUAAUGAAUUUAUAUUAGCUAUUUCAUCCUUAUUAAAGCUUUUCAAUGCAUUUUUAUAAAGUUUCAGUAUCCAAGCUGGGUGGCAGACCAUCACAUUGAAGAGCACAUUAACCAAAGUGAUCAACCAACCAUGGUUCAACAUCACCAGUUCAGUUGGACCAACAUUUAGAAAAAUAUGCCAUCAAUGUGACACAGUUCUUUUUUAUUCUUCAUUGUCUCUUGUCAAAGAGGCAAAACAUAUGGGGUACUA